CUCCGUCCCCCACCUCUCACCUGAAGCUGCUUCAAGCGAGGCAUGGCCCAGAGGGCAUUAAAGGGGGGUGAAGAAUUGUGAACUAGGAAAGAACAUCUUUGCCCUCAUCUCUGGCAUCUGUUGAAGAGCAAUUGAUGCUUUAUCCCUUUAAGCUAAGGUCCAGUGAUGCCACCCUCACCAGAUAGCCUUAGGCUGUCUCCAAAAGGACUCCUUGAAAGCACACUUCUGGGGCUGAUAGUAGAGGAGGUGUUAUGCCAUCAGCAUUCAGUUCAACCCAGCAUGUGCUUACAGAUGCCCAGGUACUCCUGGCUUUGCCAGCUAUGGGAGGCAAUAUAAAUCAGACAAAAGGAUUGACUCCUGCUCAGCCCAGUGAGGAGAGCAUCAUGUGAUUGGCUUCUCAAUUCCAAUGACUACUGUCUCGCAGAGAAUAGGCCUUGUGAGGGUGGGACUUGGGACAGAUUUGUUUUGGUGUAUGGGAGGAAGGAACAGUCCUUAACUAGCACCUGCCCAAAGAUAUGGGAGUAGUAUUAGGUUCUUAGGGCACGGCACUAAAGUGGAGUGAAGAACUGUGAGCUUGGAAAGAACAUCUUAGCCCUGAAAAGGAAGGAGCCACUGAAAGGGGAGGUGGGCAAAAGAUGCACCUCAGAGCUGGCCUUCCUGCCUCUGCCAUGGCCUCAUCAGUUUCCUGGGGUUCUUGCUGCUGCUGAUCACCUUCCCCAUUUCUGGUUGGUUUGCCCUGAAGAUGAGGAAACUGAAGCUCAGACUUGUCCAAAGUCAUACUGGCAGCCAGUAAGUGGCAGAAACAAGUCUUCCCAAACUCCCAAGUUUGGGGGUCUGAACACUGGCUUUAAGAUCGUGCCCACCUAUGAGCGCAUGGUCGUGUUUCGACUGGGCCGGAUCCGCACCCCUCAAGGACCCGGUAUGGUUCUGCUCCUGCCCUUCAUUGACUCCUUUCAGAGGGUGGAUCUGAGGACACGAGCCUUCAGUGUCCCUCCUUGCAAGUUGGCCUCUAAGGAUGGGGCUGUGCUGUCUGUGGGGGCUGACGUCCAGUUCCGCAUCUGGGACCCGGUACUGUCGGUGAUGACAGUGAAGGACCUGAACACAGCCACACGCAUGACGGCCCAGAACGCCAUGACCAAGGCUCUGCUCAAGAGGCCUCUGCGGGAGAUCCAGAUGGAGAAGCCCAAGAUCAGCGACCAGCUCCUGCUGGAGAUCAACGACGUGACCAGGGCCUGGGGGCUGGAGGUGGACCGCGUGGAGCUGGCAGUGGAGGCCGUGCUCCAGCUGCCCCAGGACAGUCCAGCUGGGCCCAGCCUGGACAGCACCCUGCAGCAGCUGGCCCUCCAUUUCCUGGGAGGAGGCAUGUCUUCAGUGGCAGGAGGUGCCCCACUCCCCGAGCCAGCAGAUACCUUGGAUAUGGUGAACGAGGUUGAGCCGUCUGCCCCUCAUGGUGGUGCCGGGUCCAGCCCCAAGCAGCCUGUGGCCGAGGGGCUGCUGACGGCUCUGAAGCCCUUCCUGUCUGAGGCCCUGGUCAGCCAGGUCGGGGCCUGCUACCAGUUCAAUGUCGCCCUGCCCAGUGGCACCCAGAGCAUCUACUUCUUGGACCUCACUACAGGGCAAGGGAGGGUGGGGCAUGGGGUGCCUGAUGCCAUCCCUGAUGUGGUGGUGGAGAUGGCCGAGGAGGACCUGCAGGCCCUGUUGUGCAGGGAGCUGCGGCCCCUGGGGGCCUACAUGAGCGGGCGGCUGAAGGUGAAGGGCGACCUGGCCGUGGCCAUGAAGCUGGAGGCUGUCCUCAGGGCCCGGAAGUAGCAGGUUUGGCUGACUGUCCAUAGCCUAGCCCCGAGCCUGGCACCAAGCCAGGGGGGCAUCUUGGAGGAGGAGUCAUUGACACUGCACCUUGGAUUGUUGAGGCCCUGAGAAGUUUCAGGCCCAGCAAGAGCCAAUGAGUGGAGGCUGGGAGACCCUGGAGACUGGGAAAGGCCAAGUCAGGCGGCCCUGCCCUUCUCAUCCACAGUGGUUCUCUGGACAAGCCUUUGCUGAUCCUGGUCCCCUGCCGCGUACCCGGUCUGAGCUGGGUGCACAGCGCGAUGACAGGAGAGCCAGGCCUGCUGUGCUGUGCUGCCUGCCUGACUGGAGAGCCAGGGCUGACAGAAACAGCCUGACAGCAGCUGCCUUGGUCCCAGGGUGAGGGAGCAAUGCGUGCAGCUCGGGCUCCAAGCUCCAGAAGUGGGCUCAGAGAGGCUGGAGGAGGGAGAGGGGCGGCGGCCCCGAGAAGAGGCCCCUGCGGUGGGAGGGGUCUGGGGAUCGGCUGGGUCUGCCCUGCUGAUUGCAGUCCAGGCCCAGGCUGGGGGGAUGGGGACAGGAAAGAGUGGGGCUGGCUGCUCCCCGGCUCUGCUCUUGAAGACGUCUGUCUUGACUCGUCUCCCAGCUCGGUCUUGCAUGCCUGACAGACUGGAGCCCGGGGCAGCAUGAAGGAGAGCCCUGCUGUUGCUUUGCUUUCCGGAGGUUUGAAAACCUCAAAUAAAUGUGAUGUUUACAAUGUAUUUGGAGAGAAAUAGGGGUAAUGGAGGUGGGUCGGAGGGUCUCUGAGGUGAUGCCCCUGCUGCCGGACCGGGGCCCAGGCCCUGAAGGGUGACACAAGCCCUGACAGUGCUCUUCAAUCACCCACAGUUCCACUUCCUGCCAAGGGCCUCAAAGCAGGCAGCAGCAGGGCACUCUGUUUCCCUUUAUAGUCAGGGUAGAGGUUUGGCAGGAAAGAGGGGGUGUGGGUGUGACAGAGCUGGUCUGGCAAACAACGUAAUGAAGGCAGGGCUGGGGGCGCGUAUCACAUUCAAGAGAGGGGUAGGAGCUGCUAUCAGCUGCCCCUCCUGUUAUACCCCUGGUCACUGUUUCCCUACUGUUCUGGCCCAAACCUCAGGGACCCCAGAGAAGGGAGGCCUUAGACAUCUCAGGUUCUGAGAAAUGAUGAAUCUCACAUCCUGGAGAGACUUGUUAAAAAAAACAAAAAAAACACAGAAAUUUGAGGCUCCUUUUUGAGGCGCAGCCUCUGGCUGCGAUCUGGCACCAGGCCUUCCCCCUCAGGGCCCUCUCCAGGUGCCUUGGCACCAGGCUCCAUCCAGUUUGCCCUUUUGUUCCUGCCAGUGCCCGCCUUGGCCUCUUGUAGAGGUAGACCAGCAUAGACCAAACCACCAUUGGGUUCAGGUUUCAGCCCCAGGGCCCCUUCCUGGAGGGCCAGAGCCCCAGGUUGCUGCCCCUGCUCUGUCCCUCUCUCCACUCCUGGAGGCCGCCCAGCCAGGGCUGCCUGUUCAAAAGCCUUCCCUCCAAUCUCUACCGGCCACACUCCCGCUGCCCGUGAGCCCUGGUGGGGCAUGAUCUUCUCUGCUUGGCCUGGGCUCCCCCUCUACUUCGGCGCUGUCGUUGUGCCUAUUCCCCACUGUGUCUGUCACUGUUCUUGUGUAAGUGCCUGCCCUCCCUGCUGGACCAUGAGCUACAUGCCCAAGCCAUCCAUCACUGUUCCCUCCAUUGUUACUGCACACAGUGCCCCAGGGGGAAGAGGGGAAACCCCACGCGUCUUCCUCAUGAAAGCUUAAGGGAAACCAAAACUCAGAUCUUCUUUGUGGCUGUUGGAGGAUCAGCAUCACAGGGGAAACAAACUUUUCUAGAUGUCUGUGUGCGUGGAGAACAAAGCCUGCUGCCAGCGGUUAAUACCCUCCUGUCCAGGGGAACUCAUUCCUUGGGGAGGCCAGCACUCCAGGAAAGGGAGCCCACAGGUUCAAGGCCUCUGAGUUUCGGAGGACCCAGCAGACUUUGUAGUCCCCAGUGGGUGGACGAGGGGCACCUAAUGGGGCCAGGGUGUGGGGAGGGAGGGAGAAGGGUGUCCAUCAAAGAAGGCUUCCUGAGGAGAUGUUGCCUGAGACUCACAGCUACAUGGAGAUGAGAGAAGAAAGGAAAUGGGGGGAAAGACAUUCGGUAGAGGGGGAAAGUCCCUGUGAGAGCACAGGAAGAGGUAGUGGACACCUCCGAUUUGGGAAACUGGAACCUAAAGUCUGAAGGGGGAUGUAUGCAGGGAUUUUGGGGGGACUGACGCUGUGCCAAGUAUGCCCCUGUACUGCACGAGGCACUUCCUGUAUUUGUUUUCCUCAAGAUAACCUGAUGAAUAGUGAUAAAGAAUUAUAUUAUUAUGCUAUAUUGAUAUAUAAUGUAUUAUUCUGAUGUUAUUUUAAAAUAAGUAUUUAAUUUUGAAUAGAGAGUUUUAAAAAGGCAUGCUAUGAAAAUUGUCCCUCACACUCCUGAUUCCAUCCACAUAUUUUGAAACAGGUAUCCCAUGGUAUUAGUUUCUUGGUUAUUCUUCCAGAAGUUGAGGUUUAAAAAAAAUACAUUUACAAGAAAAUCCAAAUAUAUUAUUCUCUGGAUGGGGGUUGCUUGUUUUUUGUUUUUUUUACAGAAAUGGCAGCAUAGCAAAUACAAUGUUGAUUUGUUCCCUUAACCUUACAGUUGAGGAUCUUUCCGUAUUAGCACACCUAGACUUUCCUUAUUCAGUUUUGUAGUUACAUAGGAUUCCAUUGAAUGGGCGUAUCAUAGUUUAUUUAACCUGGUUUGCAUUGAUGGACAUUCACAUUUUUUGUGUGUGUUUUGCUAUUUCAAACAAUCUUGCAGUAAUAAUCUUUCACAUACGCUAUUUCACCUGUGGUUGAAGUUCAUCUGUGGGAUAAAGUCCUAGAAAGGAAAUUGCUAGGUCAAAGCAUUUCUAAUUUAAUAUUGCCCAAAUGCCUUCUCUGGGGGUUAUUCUAAUUUACGCUCCCGUUAUCAGUGAGUGAGAGUCUGUUUUUCCUCAUAGCCAUGCCAGCACAAUGUGUUUUUAAACUUUUGGAUUUUUUGACAGUCUAGUAAGUGAAAAAUUGCAUCUCAGUAUAAUUUUUUAAAGUUGUUCAAUUGCUUAUUGCUUUUUAAGACUUGGAUUUUCAGUCCCAGCAAAAGCAAGGGGUUUUUGUUGGCUUUCUCCAGCGUUUACUUUUUAAAGUAUGAUAUGAUAAAAAUGCACCCAUUUUAAAUGUGCUUGAUGUGUUUUGACAAAUGUGAACACUGUGUAACCACCAGCCACCACAAUCAAGAUACAGAACAUUUCCAUCAACUCGCGUAGCUCCCUUGUGUCCCUUCCCAUUCAAGCCUCAGUGUCCCCGCCCCCGCCCCCCCAGGUCCAGGUCACCACUGGUCUGCUUUCUGUAACUGUUGAUUAAAUUUCACUUUUCUAGAGUUUCAUACAAGGGAAACUAUACCGUGUGUACCCUUCUCUGUCUCACUUCUUUCCCUUUAGUGUUUUUGAAUCAUCUGUGUUAUCAUGUGUAUUUGUAGUUUGUUCUUUUUUAUUUUUAGUGAUAUUCUGUUGUAUGGAUAGAUGUGUACAAUUUAUAUAUUCAUCUGUUCAUGGACAUUUGAGUAGUUUUCAGUUUUGAUUAUCAGACCUCCUCUGAACAUCUGUCUGUGUACAAGUCUUCGUAUGGAUAUAUGUUUUCAUUUGGGUAAAUACUCAGGAGUAGAAUUUCUGGGUCAAGAAACUAACAAACCAAUUCCAAGAUAGUCGUGCCAACACUUGGUGCUGUCAGUCUUUUUCACGGGGUGUGACUGAUGACUUUGAGCCUCCUUUGUGCUUAUUGGGCAUAUGUCUUCUUUUGUGAAGUGUCUGUCCAAUAUUUUUUCUCACUUUAAAAAAUGGCUUAUUUAUCUUAUCGGUAUAGAUUCAUAUUAGCUUUAAGACUUCCUAGUAAAUCCUGGAUACAUGUUUUUUAGCACAUAUUUGGAAUAUUUUCUCUCAGUCUGUAGCUUGCCUUUCUAACUUCCUAGUGCUUUAUCUUGAAAAGCAGUAGAUUUUAAUUUUGAUAAAGUCCAGGCUACAACUUUUUUUUUAUCCAGUUUUUUUCCCUAAAUUUAUUUAUUUUAUUUAUUUUUGGCUGCGUUGGGUCUUCAUUGGUGCGCGUGGGCUCUCUCUCGUUGCGGCGAGUGGGGGCUUCUCUUGUUGCAGUGCACGGGCUCUAGGUGCGCAAGCUUCAGUAGCUGUGGCUCGCAGGCUCUAGAGUGCAGGCUCAGUAGUUGUGGCACACGGGCUUAGUUGCUCUGCGGCAUGUGAGAUCUUCCCAGACCAGGGCUCGAACCUGUGUCCCCUGCAUUGGCAGGCGGAUUCUUAACCACUGUGCCACCAGGGAAGCCCUAUAACUUUUCAAUGGUUAGAGGUUUUGUGUCAUUUCCUGGAUGUCUUUGCUCAUCUUUGCUCACGGUCUUGAAGAUUUUCCCCCAUGUUUUCUUCUAAAGUCUAAAAGUUUAUAGAUUCAGCUAUUACUUUUAGGCUUGUGAUCCAUUUUGAGUUACUUUUUGUGUAUGGUAUUAGAUAAAAGGCUGAGGUGUUUCCCCCCCGACCCUCCCCGCCAUGGGUACCCAAUUAUUCUAGCACUUCUUGUUGAAAAGAUAUAUUUUCCCCAUUGAAUUACCUCGAAACUUAAAUUUUUUCAUUUCUCUUAUUUUGUGUGAAGUUGAAUAUUUUGUAAUAUGUUUAAGAGCCAUUGUGUUUCUUUUUCUGUGAACUGUUAUUUCAUCUACUUUGUCCAUUUUUUUAGUGUUGGUUGUUUCUAGUUUUGUUUUGACACCUGGGAGCUCUUUAAAUGCUAGGGAGAUUAGCUGUUUUUUAUAUGAGUUGUAAAAUGUUUUUAACCCAAUUUGUUGUUUGUAUUUUGACUUUGCUUAUACUUUUCCAUGAAAUUUGACAAAUGUAUUUGAAAUGACAUAUAUUUUAUUUUAUGGCUUUUAGGUUUUAAGUCAUAAGAAAAACUUCCAUUCUGAGAUCAUAAAGGAAUUCCAUGUACUCCCAUUAUUUUAUUUUUUACAUGUAGCUGUUUGACCCACUCGGGAUUUAAAUGAGCAUAAAAUAUAAAAUAUAGAACCACAUUUUUUUUUCAAUGCCAUGUAUUUCUGUUUGUCUUGGGGUCCAUAUCUGGGUUUUCUGUUGUGUUCCACUGGACUAAUGUUUGUCCAUGCACUGGGUCCACAUGGUUUUAAUGAUUGAGGCUUCAUAAAAUGUUUAAUAUCUGUAAGAUUAAUUCUUUUUAAUGCUUCUUAAGAAAUUCUUCCUGGGAAUUCCCUGGUGGUCCAGUGGUUAGGACUCCGCGCUUUCACUGCAGAGUGCGUGGGUUCAAUCCCUGGUAGGGGAAGUAAGAUCCUGCAAGCCGCGCAGCCCGGCCAAAUUAAAAAAGAAAAGAGAAGAAAAAGAAAAAAAAAUUCUUCCUGCCUGUUCUUCUUCUUCUUUUGUUUUUUUAAAAAUAAACUUUAGAAUUACCCAGUCUAGUUAAAAUAAAUUGUUUAUAUCUUUAUUGA